CCAUCUUAUAACUACCAGUGUGCACAGACUCCUACUCAAGUAACGUCGUGGUCCAGCGAUGCAAAGAACUGAAAUCUCAAGCUGGAAAAGCCUGUAUUGUCUUCAUAAUAGCACAGAAGAAUUGUAGAUAGGAAGGACAGACGGAAACGAAUGAGGACUAUAAAAGAAAAAAAGGAACAUCCAAGAUUGAGAAAAACUGCCAGGACUAAGAAGGUAACCCACAGGAAGCUGUCUUCAGGUCCUGUUUGCCUGCUGUGCUUUCAAGAACCUGGCGAUCCUGAAAAACUAGGAGAAUUUCUUCAGAAAGACAAUCUUUGUGUCCAUUAUUUCUGUCUUAUCCUAUCUAGCAAACUGCCUCAGAAGGGCCAACCCAACAGAGGUCUCCAUGGAUUUAUGCCUGAAGACAUCAAAAAGGAGGCAGCCCGGGCUUCUAGGAAGGUCUGCUUUGUGUGCAAGAGAAAAGGAGCUGCUAUCAGGUGCCAGAAGGACCAGUGUGUCCAGAACUUCCAUCUACCUUGUGGCCAGGAAAGGGGCUGCCUGUCACAGUUUUUUGGAGAGUACAAAUCCUAUUGUGGAAAACAUCGCCCAACACAGAACAUCCACCAGAGGAGUUUUGGGGAAAGCUGCGUCUUGUGUUGUGAAGACUUAUCCCGAGCAAGUGUCGAGAACAUCAGGAGCCCAUGUUGUAGUCAAGCUAUCUACCACCGAAAGUGUAUCCAGAAAUAUGCCCACACGUCAGCAAAGCACUUCUUCAAGUGCCCCCAGUGCAACAACCGAGAAGAGUUUCCACAGGAGAUGCUGAGGAUGGGAAUCCACAUUCCAGACAGAGAUGCUGCCUGGGAACUCGAGCCAGGGGCUUUCUCCGAGUUGUAUCAGCGUUACCAGCAUUGUGACGCCCCCAUCUGUCUGUAUGAACAAGGCAGAGACAGUUUUGAGGACGAAGGGCGGUGGCGCCUCAUUUUGUGUGCGACAUGUGGAUCCCACGGAACCCACCGGGACUGCUCCUCUCUUAGACCCAACAGCAAGAAAUGGGAGUGUAAUGAGUGUCUGCCUGCUUCAACCGAGGAUUCUGUAUCUGAAAACUUGGGUGACACCCCCUGUUGCAGCAGCACCUUCUGCCCCCACGAGCCUUUCCUAAGGGCCACCAGCCUGGAAGAGAAUCCAGGCUCUUCCUGGACCAACUGGCUACAACCUUCCCUGUUAGAAAAGCCUGAGUCCUCUAGUGGAAGCAGCUGCCAGUCCUGGCGAUCCAAAGGAAUCAAAGUCACUAAGGAUUGCAAAAAGUCCAAGUAAUAGCCUCAGAGUGGUUCCUGCCCAGGACAGUGAGGUACGAGAGACCCUUGCCGCAUCAGUUUGGAGAGGUAGCACUUUGAAACCAUGAGACAGAAGGGGCCAGGUGAAGAGGUCUCAGGGGUCACUGUGUGCGCCAGCAGGGGAGUGUAAGGGCCUGUCCACCAGAAUGUGAUUCUCCUGUGCUUUCUCAAGCCUUCACUUGCUUGUUAUUGACGAAUAAAGGUCACCUCUCCGCUCGGGUCUCCUUGUGAA